UCUGUAUUACCAAUCAACAGAAAACUAAGACACACAUCCCGCAUAGAAAAUAACAUGUAAUACUUAAUAGUUACUAACUCUCCAAAAUCCGAUCCGACCCGUUAUUAUAUAUGUAGUUAUUUCUUAAAAGUUUAGCGUCGUCCUUGCAUUAUUUCUUGUCAAUAUCUAUGAUUAUUUUCCUAGGUAGUCUUUAAGUACAUAAUUCAGCUGGCUUCGUUUAAGAGCCCAAUCCAACCCCACCUCAGUUUAUUCGACUCCAACCUGAAACUAGCAACUCUCUUAACGCAAUAAGAAACAUUAAACCGUAAUGGGGCACCCGACUCCGGAUCUCCCGGUUCUUGCUGAAGACGACUCGAUGUUGUCGAGGAAAUUCGGCCGCGAGGUCGCCAACUACUUUAGCGGUAGCCCAUUGAACCGAAUCUCAUUUCUCAGGACCGAUUAUGGCUUUUUGCGCGCUGCCUUCGCUCAUCCUAGCGCGGCAUUUUUACUACUAGAUAACUUAUCGCCGCUUGCUAAAGACCACGCAAAUUUAUCCUAUGUUACUAGAGAUGUAGUAGUGCCGCUGACGGGAGAGGAACCGUUCAAAGAGUCUGAGCAGGAACAGCUUAAAGACUUCAACUCGGCUAUUACACAGCCUGUCGUCCUCUUCCUCGGUAUCGAUGAAAGGAAGCCCGACUUCCAGUAUCAUGAUUACAAAGGCAAACCGUACUUCGCUGUCGAUGUCACGCCUAAGGGUACCAUCGAAGCCAAAGCUAAGAGUAUCGUGGAUAUUGCUAAGGCCAACGGUGUCUCUUUCAUCGAUGGGAGGAGGCUUCUAACUUUAAAUGCCCCAGAUGCGGCGAUAUUCGCAGAAGCCCGUGCUUUGCUUGACUGGAAUAGCCGGAACCCGUUCUGUGGUGGCUGUGGUCAGCCAACUACGUCUAUCAAUGCCGGCUGGAAACGGUCCUGUCCACCGACAGAUCUAGCAGGUGUUUCUGAAGGCGGUGCACCAAAGGAGAGAGCCGACUGCCCCACUCGGCAUGGCAUAAGCAAUCUCUGUUUCCCGCGGACAGAUCCUACCGUCAUUAUGGCUGUAGUUUCGGCUGACGGCACCAAAAUGCUUCUUGGUCGAAACAAGCGGUUUCCUCCGUUUUGGUUCAGUACACUCGCAGGGUUCCUCGAGCCGGGCGAGUCCAUCGAGGAGGCGGUCCGUCGUGAGACUUGGGAGGAGAGCGGCGUGACGGUAGGACGUGUUGUGAUUCAUAGUUCGCAGCCGUGGCCUUAUCCCGCCAACUUGAUGAUCGGUGCGAUCGGCCAGGCUGCUCCUGGAGGCGAGACGAUCCAUCUUGGCCACGACGAAGAAUUGACCGACGCCAAAUGGUUCUCCUUCGAUGAAGUAAGAGAAGGCAUAGCGACCGGCGUUAGCGGUUUAGGAGAAUCAGCCCCGGCUGGAUACAAGGAGGGAGCUUUAAGAUUACCUCCGCAGACAGCUAUUGCUAACCAGCUGAUCCAAGCGGUUCUAAACGGCUACCUAGACGCAGUACCCAAGAUAUAACUAAGCGAUCUCAUAGCAGCUACAAGGGAUAGUGUUGCCCUUUUAUAAGAUACGAGGUGUCUGGUUAUAGGAGACGAGGUAUUGAUUUGGACUCUGGGUCCUUGAUACGGCAUGCAAAGUGAUUCAUAGGUAGAAUGGAGAACUAGACAUAGAUCAUCUAAACUUGCAGCAGAGCGGAAGGGCAAUAGACACAUGCAGUUAGAGACUAACUUAGGUACCUAUUGAAGUUCCGUUCGGUGUAAUAGAAGUGAUUAAACUGAGGUUAUAUCUUUAAGGAGGGAAAGGUGGGGGAAUGUCUUUCGCGCCUGUAUGUAGAACGAAACAGUACUUGGAUACAUA